GCAAGGCCGUUCGGCGUGGUUUGAUGUGGUUCAAGAAUACACAUCGCGCGAUAUAACGUACCCGUCAGACAAGCUUCCUGCACUCUCUGGAAUCAUCGCAGCUCUUCAACGAUUCACAGGAGAUGUCUGCUUUACAGAAUCUGGCGGAGCUGUUUUUUCCAGAGUCUUUUGUGGCGCUUCUACCACCCAGACAUGGACUUCUGUGUCUCGAUGCCGAAAAUGCCCCGAAAGGUUGCUAGUUGGAGGGCACCAACAUGGUCGUUCGCGGCACAUGAAGGUAUUGUGUUGUACAAUUCUGCGUGGCAGGUGCCUUCGUGGCAUGUACCUGCGUGCACCAAACUCGAAGAAUACUUCCUUGCCCCCAAAGGCAGUAAUCCUCUUGGAGAGCUGAAGUCUGGUUAUGCGCGAGUCACAGGCCUGCUGACAACCAUCAUUGAUAUCGAGCAUACCCCGAGAUGCGAAAGGAAAGCAUGCAAGAUUCGCUGCCACGACCAAAGUUUGAGGCGAGCCUCUGUCCUCUCCGAUAUAGCUCGUUGUGAUUCCUGCGAAGCCCUCAUGAUCUUUCCUGGGACUGGAUUGGCUAUCAUCCCAACUGAGGCAAAAACACAGACAUACGUCAGAGUUGGAAUCAUUAGUCGUAUUCAAGACAAGGAUGAGAUUCGUACCGGCGUUGUAAUUUCUGGUCCGCCCUUAACUGCAUUAGACUGGCCGGAGCCUAGCACUAUCAUCAAAAUAGUCUUGAAUAUCGCAUAGAUUCGCGCCUUGACGCCAAGGCUGGCCCUCCGGGGCA